AUGGUGAUGUGGGAUCAGAACAUACCUCACUUUUCCUUCUCUCUGUGGAGGUCACUGUGGAGGUCACUGUGGAGGUCACUAUGGAGGUCACUGUGGAGGUCACUGUGGAGGUCACUGUGGAGGUCACUGUGGAGGUCACUGUGGAGGUCACUGGAGGUCCCUGUGGAGGUCACUGUGGAGGUCACUGUGGAGGUCCAUGUGGAAGUCCAUGUGGAAGUCCCUGUGGAGGUCCCUGUGGAGGUCCCUGUGGAGGUCCAUGUGGAGGUCCCUGUGGAGGUCACUGUGGAGGUCCCUGUGGAGGUCACUGUGGAGGUCACUGUGGAGGUCCCUGUGGAGGUCCCUGUGGAGGUCACUGUGGAGGUCACUGUGGAGGUCCAUGUGGAGGUCCAUGUGGAGGUCCCUGUGGAGGUCACUGUGGAGGUCACUGUGGAGGUCCCUGUGGAGGUCCAUGUGGAGGUCCCUGUGGAGGUCCCUGUGGAAGUCACUGUGGAGGUCCCUGUGGAGGUCACUGUGGAGGUCACUGUGGAGGUCCCUGUGGAGGUCACUGUGGAGGUCACUGUGGAGGUCACUGUGGAGGUCCCUGUGGAGGUCCCUGUGAAGGUCCCUGUGGAGGUCACUGUGGAGGUCCCUGUGGCGGUCCCUGUGGAGGUCCCUGUGGAGGUCCCUGUGGAGGUCACUGUGGAGGUCCAUGUGGAGGUCCCUGUGGAGGUCACUGUGGAGGUCACUGUGGAGGUCACUGUGGAGGUCACUGUGGAGGUCCCUGUGGAGGUCCCUGUGAAGGUCCCUGUGGAGGUCACUGUGGAGGUCCCUGUGGCGGUCCCUGUGGAGGUCCCUGUGGAGGUCCCUGUGGAGGUCACUGUGGAGGUCCAUGUGGAGGUCCCUGUGGAGGUCACUGUGGAGGUCACUGUGGAGGUCACUGUGGAGGUCACUGGAGGUCCCUGUGGAGGUCCAUGUGGAGGUCACUGUGGAGGUCCCUGUGGAGGUCCCUGUGGAGGUCCAUGUGGAGGUCACUGUGGAGGUCCCUGUGGAGGUCCCUGUGGAGGUCACGAUCCAAACCCAGAAGUUAUGGCUCAUCAUACAGUUAAUACACUGCAUGGAAGAGGCCGUAAAGUUCCACAACCGACCUCAAAGUGA